GCCUGCUACGGCAGGUCGUGGGUUCGAUCCCGACCGAGCGUGAUGCAUGAACAUGGCAAGAUGUGCUUCGCGUUGCCCCGAUCAGUGCAGGAGAUGUGAAGAAGCACCAGCAGCAGCAGCAGGUGAAGGGAGAGGAGCUCUCGUUGACCGGCCUGGUCAUUAACGUCAAGCGGGGCAGUUCCAACUCACAGAGGUGCUUCAAGUUUCAGUCCGGAUGCCUCUGCUUCUACAAGUCAGACAGGGUGGCGAUGGACUGGUUCCUGUCGCUCGGCUCCGUGACCUCUGUGGACCGCGGUCAAGGAGUGCAGCCAGGGGUCAAGGUCACGGUCAAGGGCGACUCGACCAUCAGCCUCACCUUUGACUCUGUCGAGUCACGUGAGUCGCUGCUGAAGGCCCUGCUGGCGGUGACCACGCCCCUCGGGGGGCCUCCGUGGCCCCCGUGGGGCCGCCUCGUGACGCGCGGGGCCCUGGGCCUCAAGGGGCUGCGCGUGCUCGGCGUGCUGCACGCGCUCUGCCUGCACGUGCACCGUGACGCGCAGGAGGCUGAGGCUGGACUGGGGUUGCUCUUCUGCGACACGCGGACGAUGAGCGUGAAGGAACAGGCGGCUACCACAUUCACCGUCACCACACCGCAAGUCACAUACAAGUUCUCCACCGACUCCGAGUCGGAGCGCGACUCGUGGCUCGCGAGCCUCCGGGAGGCUCAGGAGGAGGCCCUCGGAGACCCGGAGCUCCUGGAGCGGCUGUCGGCGGUGCCGGGGAACGAGUCCUGUGCAGACUGCGGAGCGCCGGGGCCGGCCUGGGCCUCACUCAACCUGGCCGUGGUCGUGUGCACGCAGUGCGCCGGUGCCCACAGGUCGCUGGGUCAAAACGCCUCGCGCAUUCGCAGCCUCACCAUAGAUCAAACGGCGUGGACAGUGGAUGUCGUGCAGAUGCUCCUCGCCCUGGGCAACGAGCGCUCCAACUCGUUCUGGGCCGCCCUCGUCCCUCCGAGCGAGGCCCUGGGCGGCGAGGGCCUCGGGGGCCGCGGCGUCGCCCCCACCGCGGCCGACCGCGCCGACUUUGUCCGCGCCAAGUACGUGGAGGGGAAGUACCGCAAGGUCCACCGCCUCUACGGCUCAAGGCAAGAGCUGCAGGAGGCCCUGCUGGAGGCUGUGCAGCGGACCGACGUGCUGGAGACGCUGACGCUGCUGUUCAGCGGCGCCGAGGCCACCGCAGCGGCGUACGCAGCAGCCCUCAGGGGCGGCCAGAGGGCCCAGGCAGAGUUAAUCAGCCAGAACAUCAACACAGAUUUGUCCGGGCCUGUCCCACCAUCACCGCGUCACUGCGUGCACAUGAAGGGGUUCCUGUCCAAGACGAAGGCCUCGACACGACCCAUCGACAAGCGGAAGAGCAGAGAUGACUUCUCGUUGCGGUGGUGCACGCUGCAGGCUUCAGCGCUGCGCUACCACCUGCCUGGAGCACCCAGCGGGGAACCCCGCGGGGAGAUCUCCUGCAGAGACAUCGCUGGUGUCUUCCUGCAGAGUGGAGCGCAUCACGGCCUACCCCACACCAUGCAGAUCCACGUGCUGGGCCGGGGUCCCUCCGAGAAGCUCUUCCUGUUCGGUGACGAAGACGAAGACAACCUGAGAAGCUGGGCACGCGGACUCAUCGCGGAGUCGGUGCCCCCUUGGGCGAGGGCGCUGGCCAGCGGCCCGUGGGAGCUCGUGAGCCAUGUCGGCAGGGCGACCGUCCAGGGGGUCUCCCUCGGCGAGGGGGGCCGCCCCGUGGGGGGGCUGCCCCCGGGGAGGGGGGCCCUGGACUGGGUCCCGGCCUGGUCGCGCCUGAGCGACGCCUCCCUCCUUGUGGUGCUCGAGCCCCCCCAACGAGGGGGCCGCGGGCUCGCCGGGGGGGGGACUGCAGCUGCUGCGGCUUCGGCAGCGGCUUGGGACAUUGCCGGCGGCGAAGGGGGCGGGGCAGAGGAGGGGGAGGAGACGAUCGUCAUCAACCUCAGGAGGCUGCACAACCUCAGCGUGAGCAGCGAGGGCAGCCGAGCGAAGCCGGACACCUCGAUCAGGCUCGUGGACAGGAACUGGUCCCUCUGCAUCCGUCUGCCCGGGAUCUUAGGCCCCGCCCGCGCCUCCUCAUUGGUCAAAUCCGCGCGGGGCGGGGCCGGGCGGCCCCUCUCGCAGCAGCCAAUCACGGACGAGGACGUCGUGCUCGCCGUCGCCAAGUGCGUGGAGCACGUGGAGCAGUACGGCCUGAUGCGUGAGGGUCUGUACCGAACCGUCGGCGUCGCCAGCGCCACCGAAGCCCUUGUGGAGAGGCUCUGGGCAGAUCCCCGCUCGGCUGUCCUGGAGCCCGGCCAGGGGAACGUGGAGUUGGCGGCCAGUGCGCUCAAGGCCAUCCUGCGCCAGGCCCCGACGUCCUUGAUCCCGAGUGGGAGCGAGUGGACCAGCGUGGCCCGUGAGGCUGACCCCCAGGUGAAGGCGGACAAGUACAGGCAGAGGAUCGCAUCGCUACCCAGCACCCAGCGCAGCACCCUACACUACCUGCUACAGCACCUCCACAAGGUUCAGCUCUACUCCAGCCAGAACCGGAUGCCAGUGGAGAACCUUGUGACCAUCUUCAUCCCGGCUCUGUUCCACACCGACCUACUGGAGAAACAGACGGCACGGCUACUCAGGGAUCUCAUCGAGAUGUACCCAAGCAUAUCCCAAGGGGCACACAGAUGAACGACUCUGACCUACGGAAUUUGCGGUUCAAGACGCAAAACUUUCAUGGAGACACACGGGGAGACACACGGGGAGAGACACGGGGAGAGACACCGGGAGACACGGGGAGACAC